AUGUCGGGUUCGCCAGUGGCCACCGCUGAUAAUAACACCCCGCGUCCGAAGAAUGCCAGACGCGGAGGCAGAGGCCGUGGCGGUCGUGGCUCUCAUCGAUCUAUCCCGACAGCUCCUAACACACAACCUGCAGCUCAGGAGACACCUCAAGUACCAACAAGCGAAGCUUCGACGUUGAAUGUUCAGCCGAACGAAUCAUUACGGGCCGCAAGAGGAUCGAGGGGAGGCAAACGAGGUGGGCGAGGGGUAGGCGCACCGCAGGACAAUGGCCGACGACGUGGACGAGGACGAGGUGGCGAUUCAACGGCUCUGAGCGGUGGUCUGGGAGGACGGACAUUCGAGGGACGAUUGUCGAGACCCGAGCGGGCGUCUGACGAGGAUCAACCAGAUGAUACAGGGGAUUUGAAGGAUUUGAGCUUGAGAGCUGAUGCGCCUGAUUUUGUUCCCGGAGCGCCAACGAAUGGAGUCGUACCUACUGGAGUGACAUCCUCAUUGGCGAGUUCUACGACCGGAAAGGGCAAGUCGAAGAGCGUUCAACCUCGGCCGCCGAAAGUCACGACGAAAUCUACAGCACCUGAUAUCGCCACCCGGAUACACGAAGACAUCGCGCACAAUCUCUACGAAUGUCCCAUUUUUGCGUCAAGAAAUGGUCAAAGAAUGAAGGAUCGGCGGCCCAGGAUGCUGCGCGUCGCCAGGCAGAUGGUGAGCCCAGUCCACCGCGCGCCUGGCGCUGCCCUGGCUGUAAUCUCCCGCACGAAAUCCUCCCAUCCACCUACUCCUGUUGGUGUGAGAAGGAAGUCGACCCCCGUCCGCUACCUGGCCUGCCCCCACACUCGUGUGGUCAAACCUGCUCACGGCCACGCAAAGGCUGUCCGCAUCCGUGCGAUGCGACUUGCCAUGCUGGUCCUUGUUCACCUUGUACCGCGAUGGGCCCGACUCAGGAUUGUUUCUGUGGGAGGAAUUCGUCGACUAAGCGCUGCCAGGAUACAGAUUACGAGAACGGCUGGAGCUGUGGUGGAGACCGAGAUGCUCUGCAGCUCCAAGGAUGAGGAAUUUGAAAGUCAGCUGGCGCGAGGCGAAGAUGGUACGACCGAUGAAUCUGCCACACCGGCCCGUGUGGUGCGUGUCGACGCACUGUUGAACCUCCUUGGUGUUUCCGUGUUUGCAAAGCAGGCUUGCACUGUGGCCGACACGCUUGCGCUGAGCGAUGCUGCCCUGGGGAACAAAAAGCCAUUGAACUGCCCCGAGAAGACACCCUGCGCGUCCACGGUCACAGUAACAUGUGGCUGUGGACGGCUUCGCCAAUCACGUCGCUGCAAUGCAGCAGUGGCGUCGAAGGGACAGGUGCCGCAGGCAACAAGAAGACCUUCCCUGACCCCGUUGACGUGUGACGACGAAUGCGCUCGCUUGGAGCGGAAUCGUGCUCUGGCAUCUGCACUUGGCGUCGAGAUUAACCCGUCCACUACCGUUGCUUCGAACAUUUCUCCCAACAACCUUCCUUAUUCAACGGAAACCUUGGACAUGUACAUCCAGCUUUCUUCCACCUCUCCGCUCUCCACUUUACAGACGUACGAGUCGACCCUCCAUUCCUUAGCAACCAGCACCACUGAGCGAUCCGUACGCUUCCAGCCCGCCAAAUCCCCCCUCCGUGCGUUCAUCCACUUCCUAGCGGCGGACUGGGGCUUCGCCAGCGAGAGCUUCGAUCCAGAACCCCACCGCCACGUCUUCGUCCUGAAGCCCACCACGUGGACCCCACCACUCCUCGGGCUCGGCCCAGAGAACUCCAUCGGCAUCGGCGGCAAGAGUGUCGGCGAAUGCGUCAAGCUCCGCGAACGCCAACGUCUCAAAGAGCGCGAAGCGCAGCGGCUCGCCGCCGCAGAAGCCAAGGCUCUCAAGGAAGCUGCCAAAGCCCAGCAGUCCAAGGAUACAGGCAGCGACGGCGGCUGGGCCCAGGUCGCUGCCUCCCGGCGAAGCAACGGCGUAAGCUCGACGAGAAGCACAACACCGGUUGCGAGCCCUAGCCCGUGGUCUGGAUCGAAGUUCGCGGCCCUUGCUGGCGGCGACAGCGGGAGCUGGGGUCUUGCUAAGAAAGAGAAGCUCGUUCUUCGGUCCGGCGUAGGAGCCGCGAAGAAGAAUCUCUCCACUGCGCCUGCGACUGAAGUCGUGGAUAACUGGGAAGAAGAGGAGGAAAAGGUAGAGCAGGAAGAGCAGCGUGAGCGUGAGCGUGAGCGCGAGCAGCAGGUGGAGGGGGGAAGCACAGACCAGAGUGGAGGAGAAUAA